AUGAAGUGGUUUUGGGUCCUUGGGCUGGUGGCCCUCUCAGAGUGCUUAGUCACUGUGACCGCAGGCGAGUCGCACACUCCCUGUAAAAAGAUGACGACGAUUUCUGCUCCACCUCCUUCCCGGAGCUUCUUUGACAAAGACACACUGGCCUACGUUGGCACCAUCAGCAUUGGAACGCCCCCGCAGGAGUUCAAGGUCAUCUUUGACACCGGCUCAUCUGACCUGUGGGUGCCCUCCGUCUACUGCUCUAGCCCUGCCUGCGCUAAUCACAACGUCUUCAACCCUCUGCGGUCCUCCACCUUCCGGAUCUCGGGCCGGCCCAUCCACCUCCAGUACGGCUCCGGGACGAUGUCAGGAUUUCUGGCCUACGACACCGUUCGGUUCGGGGGCCUCGCUGACGUGGCCCAGGCGUUUGGCCUGAGCCUGAGGGAGCCCGGCAAGUUCAUGGAAUACGCAGUUUUCGACGGCAUCCUGGGCCUGGCCUACCCCAGCCUCAGCCUCAGAGGGACCGUCCCUGUCUUCGACAACCUAUGGAAGCAGGGUCUCAUUUCUCAGGAGCUCUUUGCCUUCUACUUGAGCAAAAAGGACGCGGAGGGCAGUGUGGUGAUGUUCGGCGGUGUGGACCACUCCUACUACAGCGGAGACCUCAACUGGGUGCCGGUGUCCAAACGGCUGUACUGGCAGUUACCCAUGGACAGCAUCUCCAUGAACGGGGAGGUCAUUGCUUGUGAUGGUGGCUGCCAGGCCAUCAUUGAUACAGGAACCUCGCUGCUGAUUGGCCCAUCUCACGUUGUCUUCAACAUCCAGAUGAUCAUCGGCGCCAACCGGUCCUACAGCGGCGAGUACGUAGUUGACUGUGAUGCCGCCAACACCCUGCCCGACAUCGUCUACACCAUCAACGGCAUCGACUACCCGGUGCCAGCCAGUGCCUACAUCCAGGAGGGUCCUCAGGGCACCUGCUACAGCGGCUUUGACGAGAGCGGAGACAGCUUGUUGGUCUCAGACUCCUGGAUCCUGGGCGAUGUCUUCCUGAGGUUGUAUUUCACCGUCUUCGACCGAGAAAACAACAGGAUUGGCCUGGCUCUGGCAGUGUAA